UCAAUCGAUAAAGCGGAAACCUCCAGACCUCCAGACCUCCAAACAUCGUGGGAAUUUCCGCACUCCCGCCCCCCUCCAUUCCCCACCGGUUCCCACCACCGCCACAAUUUUCUCCCCAAUCGACCCGAUCGAGUGGUUCGCCCUGUGUACGGACACACUCAGCAGCACGAUGCCCACCUCACGGCGGCGGUCGUCGCCCUUAGGGACAGCGUUAACGAUCAUCCCAUGCCUCCUCGCGAUCUCCAUCUUCACUGCGCUGCAGCAUUUAUACAACACACGUCGGCGGCUGACGUGCACGCCGGUGUACCACCCGGUCGUGCUCUUCCGCGACCCGCGGCACUGCCUGUCGCAUCCGGCGAACCGCGUGUUCAGUGUGCGCGCCGACAGGAACAUACUCGCGUCCGCACCCCUCGCUCACUGCUUCUUUGAGGCGAAGCUAGUCGAGGACGAGUGUAGAUUCGUUACGAGGGUGGAGCGCAGGAAGAUGAAGGAGGUCUUGGGUUGGAUGAUGGAUGUGAAGCGCGGUUGUGAUAAGGUCGCGGGAUUGAAGAGUCCGCUGCCGUGGGGCAGCGAUGAAAUGCUCGCCGAGGGCAUCGAGACUGAGUGGGUUAGACUGGUGGCAAGGGGCCUCAAAAGGGCCGGCAGUAGGCUCUGGAGUGGAUUCGAGGCCGCGUAUAAAGUCCCGUGGAAGGGAGGGAAGGGCGCGAAGCAGGGCGGCGACGAUGAUGGCCAUGGCUGGUGGUACGAGGACGAGUAUGAGGUCGAGGAGGAGGAGGAGUGGUUCGAGGUCUGGGAGGCGGUGGUCAAGAACCGCUGCGAGGGGUGGGUGGUCGAGCCGGAACAUCAGGGUUAUAUCUCGCUGGAAGACGACGAUGAGGAACCAUACACAUGGGUCAACCUGACCAAGCCGUCUCUGCGAGUCUUCGAUGGCGAGUGGGUAUCACGGCGAAAACAGGACAUGUACCGAGUCCUUUGAGAGGACUCGACGGGAGGGAGGGAGGGAG